UCCUUUACCCUACCACCCCUUCCACUCUGAGGUGCUUUUCUUUUCUGCCCUCUUUUCCUUCUUGCUUUUCUCGCCGAUUCCCUUCUCUGUUUUCCUCUCUAUUGAUUCCCCCAAUACCUCUUGUUUUUUUUUCAUCGGCGUUUUUCCUCGUUUCACUGAUCGCGAGAUCUCUCUCUGAGAUUGGACCGAAGACGAUCCGAGAAAAUGGCGGAAGAACAUAGAUGCCAAGCUCCGCGCCUCUGCGCCAACAACUGCGGCUUCUUCGGCAGUCCUGCGACGCAAAAUUUAUGUUCCAAAUGCUACAGGGAUUUGCAGCUCAAGGAGCAGCAGUCCUCUUCGGCCAAGCUGGUUCUCAAUCAAUCCAUAGUCCCUCAGCCGUCCACAGCGGAGAAAUCGGAAUCGUCUUCGUCCUUGCUGGAACCGGCCGCCGAUAUUUCGCCUGCAGUUGAUCCGGUGCGUGCUGCGGAGGAGCCGAAGGGGGCGACGCCGGCUCAGCCGAACAGGUGCAUGACGUGCAGGCGGCGCGUGGGGCUCACAGGGUUUAAGUGCCGGUGCGGGUCGACGUACUGCGGGUCCCACCGCUACCCGGAACAGCACGGGUGCGAGUUCGACUUCAAGACGAUGGGCCGGGAGCAGAUCGCAAAGGCCAAUCCAAUAGUGAGAGCCGAUAAACUCGAAAAGAUCUGAGGAUGAAGGGUGUUACGGUCAGUUCGCGUUUGUGAUUAUUUUAUUUGGAAAAAAGUAUUCGGGUCUGAAAUUUGGGUCGGUCAUCGGAUCAGUAGUGGUUGGAGGGUCAUGCUUGGGGCGCCGUUGGCGGUCGGGUGGUGGUGGGUUGGGGAGCAUUAUUUCAAAAGCGGUUGAGUGAUGAUGUAAAUUUGAAUGAAUGAAUUAAUAAAUGUUCAAUUAAAUA